UUUCCUACCCAACGCUCCCUACGCUCCGCCCCCUCCCCUAUCCCAGCGGCCUUUGCGGUAGCAAAAUGGCUGCCCCUAUACCUCGGGGGUUGUCUUGCUUAUCCAAGGCUUUGGGAUGGUGGUCUCGGCAGCCCGUAUUGGUGACUCAGUCUGCAGCUAUAGUUCCAGUAAGAACCAAAAAACGUUUCACACCCCCUUCUUACAAACCCAAAUACAAAACAGAAAAGGAGUUUCUAGAACAAGCCCGGAAAGCAGGGUUGGUUAUUCCUCCAGAAACUUUGGAACGUCCAAUACAUGUGGCCUGUACAGCGGGCAUCUUUGAUGCCUAUGUUCCUCCUGAAGGUGAUGCCCGGAUAUCUUCUCUUGCAAAGGAAGGACUGAAACAGAAAACGGAGCGAUUUAAGAAGAAUGUGGCAUCACAAUUGUCAAUCCGGAAGGUAAAAGAAUAUGAUGCUAAUUUUAAAACAAAGGACUUCCCUGACAAAGCUAAGGAUAUCUUUAUUGAAGCCCAUCUUUGUCUAAACAACUCAGACCAUGACCGGCUUCAUACUUUGGUAACUGAACACUGUUUUACGGACAUGGUCUGGGACCUCAAAUACAAGACAGUCCGCUGGAGCUUUGUGGAAUCUUUAGAGCCAGCCCAGGUGGUUCAAGUUCGCUGUUCAAGUUUAUUGAAGCAGAGCAACAUGUACGGCCAGGUGACCGUCCGCAUGCAUACUCGGCAGACUCUGGCCAUCUAUGAUCGGUUUGGCAGGUUAAUGUACGGACAGGAAGAUGUGCCCAAGGAUGUCUUGGAAUAUGUUGUGUUUGAAAAACACCUGACAAACCCCUACGGAAGCUGGAGAAUGCAUGGCAAGAUUGUGCCCUCAUGGGCACCCCCUAAGCAGCCUAUCCUCAAGACCGUGAUGAUUCCUGGUCCCAAGCUGAAUCCAUGUGAAGACCAUGAAGAAGUACAAGAUGAGGCCCAUAAUCCUCAGCUAGCCUAAUAGCAAAAUGACUCCUGAGGGGAAGCCCGGGUGAUGCAGCUGCUGGAAGCUGGGAGUCCUCCAUGAUCAUCAGGCUUGUUCUGCUUGGGUCUUUUCAGCAGACUCCUCCUCACAGUGGUAGCUAAUAUGUAGGCCCAGGCUGGUAUGCACAGCCACAGCCCCUCUUUCUGAAAGCACCGAAUCACAUGAAGGCAAUAUGUUUCAGAGAAUAAACAUCAGAGGCCAGCUUUUUCACAGCAGGGACUGUGGGAACAAACUGGCAGCAUUCCUUUUCUCAUCAUGGGGCAGGGAUCACAGUUUCAAAUAAAACACUGUCAGCAUGUUGGCCAAAUUU